GUGGUGCGCGGGCCUCGGCCAGGCCUGAGAGGCCGGGAGGGUUUGACCCUGGGGCUUCAUGGACAGCUUAGCGCUCGGCCGCUGGCGACGGCGGAGGGCGGAGGAUCUGCAGGUUCCGGGGGACGUGAAACGGGCAUGCAGGAGAUUAGAAGCCAGUGGGCACGAGCGUGGCUGCCACCAGGCGAAUGCCUGUGCCCUGGCAUCCUGGGGCCCAGAGGACCAGGAACCUUCAUCAAGAGGCUGCCCCCCAGCACCGAGGCCAGAGAGUGGCCAGGGGAGGCUAAGUACAGGGAUUUCUCAGAAUGGUGGAAGGAGCUCAGCCCAGCCUUGCCCAAGAUGUAUUGCAGGGGAAUCUGGACAUUUUAACCAUACCAAGAAUCAUUAGAAGAUGCAAGCUGGAAAAAAGAAGAUCCCAGUUUUGGUUUCGAACCCUUCAUGUUCCAGCAAAUGUGAAUCUCCUACAGAUGGGUUUGGGGAUUUACCUGUUCAAAUAGCAGCCCGGUGUCCUCUGUGGGUCGGGGGAGGUUUGUCUGUCCUUUCAUUCUAGUAAAUCCACCAUCCUCUGCACGAGAGCCAGGAGAAUCCACGUCACUUCAAAAGAGCCCCCAAAUCAUUACUAUGUACUACGGCCUCCUUUCGAAUGUUCCUGGUUGAGAGGGAGAUCAAUUGCAUUAUUUACAAGUCAAAAAGUUUUGUAUCAAACUUCCUAUGAGCUUGGGCACUCAUAGCCUAUGGAGGCCCGCCCAGACGCAGCCCCGCCAUCAUGCUUUUUCAUUGUUUUGUGGAUGUACCCAGGGCUAUUUACACACUCUUUCAUUAAAAGGCUUAUUUUUAUAUUUAAAA